UAGCAUCAAUAUCCAAAUAUUACAUCGUACUCGUAGUUUUGUUUUAUAAUAUUAGGCCUAGCUGUCGCAUCACUCCCCUGGUUGCGAAGAUUGCAGUUAAUGAAUUGUGUAACCUGUAAUGAAAGCAUAUUUAGAGGUUCAUUAAUCAACUUUCGGUUUGUUCCAGAAAGUAGGAAGUAGGAUGUUCAUCGAGACUUUGGAAUGGAGAUCGGCCAUUUUUUUGGAUAUUCUUUGUUGCAUAUUCUUAAAGCAUUGACCUAAAAGAGCCGUGGAGACUUAUGGUGGAUUCAACGGAUAGGCAGCUUUCACAUGUUUCUGAUGAUUCAGGCAUAUUUGGAUCCCUUAGUGAUACACAAGAAUGUCCUGAUGAACUUGCAGUCAGGAGAUCAUUUGUGUUUCUCAAAGAAAACAUUAUUUAUCAAUCCCUUCAAGAUGACCUGAAGCAGAGAGAUUUGUUGAGUGGUAGAGAGGAAGAUGACUAUGUCUGCAAAACCCAUAACAGAUACACAAAGUGUGAGAAACUUGUCAAACUCAUCAUUAAGAAGAAAAGGUGCAAAGAAUUUGUUGAUCUCAUGAACAAAAAGCCCUGUCAUUGUCAUGUAGCGGAGAAAAUUGAGCAUGUUCGUAAACAAGUUCCAAAACUUGUGGAGGCAAAGAAAGAUGCCAAACGAAGAAAACCACCUUUUGCAAUCACUGUUGAGCUACUGCAGAAACAUUCAUCCUUCUUGCAUGAAGAACUGGAGCCCAGAGAAGUUGUAGAUGAAAUGUUUGAGGCUGGUUACAUUAGUGUUAGAGAACAUGAUGCUGUGUCAGAUUGUGAUAGGAAAUAUUCCAGAGUAAAGGGGCUCCUUGAUAUUUUAGAAAAAAGGACAGCUUUACUCAGUCCGUUUCUAUUUGCACUGCAGUCUUUGAAGUGUCUUUUAGUGUUGGAGACACUUCAAAAGGACAGAAAACUGAAACAUAAACCUUCUGAGUAUGCUGUAUGCAUACAACAAAAUUUUUGUCUCCUCAAAGAAGAACUUCCAGACAGUCAAGAUGCUAGAUUCAUGGUGGACCAAAUGUAUGGUUUCCUGGAUGAAACUAAUGUGUCAGACAUUGAUCAUUUUCAUACUGCAAAGCAGCAGAAAUCCAAGCUUUUGAAAAUACUUUUGAUGAAAGGUAAACCUGCUUGCAAGGAGCUCUUCAGGGUAGUGGAUGUAGAUUUGAACAGAGGGGACCUGAUAAUUAGAAUGAAGGAGAGGAGUGGUGAAAUAAAGAAAAGAGGUAAACCAACUCUGGACCCGAAACUGAGGAGUCUACAGAUCUCCUGUCUUCAGAAACAUGAAGAAUUUCUCCUUGAUGAACUCGAAUCUCUACAUCUUAGUGACCUCUUGUUUGAGGAGAGUGCACUGAACAUUCCUGAUCAUGAUAGAAUAACAGAGAAAAAAAUGCGCGGGAAACAAGUGGAGUAUUUCCUUGAUACAGUGAAGAAAAAGGACCUUAACUGCUUCCAUAUUUUCUUAUAUAUUUUGAAAAAAGAGAAGUAUACUGACGUUCUUGAGGAGCUUGUGAAAUCUGACUCUGGAUUUGUAGGAGUAGAAUCAAAUGAAAAGCUGAAUUGUACAGUAUCACACAGUUUUACAGCUGCAUCGUCACAUACAGCACGUGCACCCCAUGAAUCUGUAAAUGUAAGGUUGUCUAUGCAAGGCCCCAAUGGAAAACAAUUGGAACAAGCUCUCCAUCAACAAAUUCAAUCCAAGGACACUAGGAUUUUGGAGGAGGCAAUUGCUCAUGGACAAAUGGAUAUUGAAGAUGUGGCUACUGGUUCUGUAGUUAUACAGUUAAGGCCGGUCACUGACCAAGCUGUGCAAACUCUGCUCAAUGCGAGGGAAAACAACAGACUGGUGGAGAUGGUAUUGGGCAUGCUGAAGAGAGUGAAUGCUCCAGAGAUGAUGCAGGGUACUGAGUCUCUUGAAGUCAGGGUACAGGUUUCAUAUGCAAGUUCAGCAGCAGCAAAAUCAUGUACCUCAAAGGCAGCACUGAUUAAAGAGAGAAUAAAAGCCCAGAGAAGCAUUCUGAUCUCUGAACUGGAACCGAGAUCUUUAGUCUCAGUAUUAUCAAAAUCUAACCACUUCUCACAAAGUGCCAUGGACUCUAUAAAGACUGCUCCCAGUUGUCACAAAAGAACAGAAAUGCUUCUGUCAUUCAUUGAGAAUGGGAAUCCUGAGGCUGUUGAGUACUUUGUUACAGCCUUAAAGGAUCUAGGUUAUUGUGAUAUUGUGGAGUUAAUUGAUCCCUCAGACAUCCAUAGCAGGGCAGAAAAUAUCAGAAAGGUCAUCACAUCCAACUACAAAGUUAUCCUGGAUGAAAUGCAAAUUACUUUAGCUAAAGAAACGUUAUCUAAAUGCAUUGGAGAUGUUGCUACAAUUCGAGAGAAAAUCCUGCCAAAGAAUGGAAAACGCCGACAGAGAAUGAACCAUUUCCUUCAGUUUAUUCUACAAGAAGAUCAUAAUGUGAUUGAAUUUGAGAAAAUGCUAAGAAAUAAUGGAUUAGAGGAACUGCUGAAAGUAGAUGAAACUGCACAAGGGGAACAUAUUGCCACACAAGACAUAGAGUUGACAGUUAUAGAAGACCAGAUACCAUUGUCAGAGGAAGUCUUGUUUGAGUCCACACUUACCUUGUCUUUCUCUGUAACAAAUGACAGAGAAAUCAGAGAAGAAGAACAUAAAAUGGAAGAACAGCAGCUAGAUAAGAAAUGGCAGGAGGAGAUGCCACAACUGGAACAUGGCCUUGAGAGACUGCAACAGAAAGAAUUACCAGCCUUGUCCACCAGUCCAGAGAAAUCUAUCGGAGGAAAUGAAAGCUUCAGUUCUGUAUCUUCUACAGCUUCUCUUCAGUCCAUUAUAUCUGAUGUAGUGGAGGAAGAGAAGAGUAAAACAAGUAAAUUUACAAAAGAUAUAAGAUUUAAUCUGCAAUCCAAGACUGAUAAGAAAAGAUUAAGUGCGGAGAAAUUCUCCCCACAAAAGGAAGUUGCUUCUUUUUCACCUCAUGUUGAAUCGCCUCCCCCAGUGAUACCACCAAGACCUAAGAUAUUCCAAGGAAAGAGUGCAGAGUCACUUGGUCCAUCCACAUCAGUCACACAGACAGCAUAUUCAUCUUCUUAUUUACUUGUUGCUGCUAUUGACAUUGGAACUACCUAUUCUGGCUAUGCAUUUUCAUGGAAAGUAAAACCACAGCUAUUUUGCACCUCAACAUACAAAAGCUCGGAGAAACUUUCAGAAAAGGAGCCUUCUGUUCUGCUGAUGGACAAGUCGACUGAGCAGAUGGUUGCCUUCGGACAGGAAGCCAUGGAGAAGUACAAAAGCAUCUGUGAUGAUGAAGAGCAAAAUGAUUACUUUUACUUCAGCUAUUUUAAAAUGAUUCUUCACAGAGAUGAGAAACUGAACAGAAAGACGUUAAUUCAGGAUGACAAAGGGAGAGAGUGCCUGGCAGUUACGGUUUUUUCCAUGUCCAUUAAGUACUUCAAGGAUAAGUUACUAGGUAACCUUGACCGCUGCCAAUCCCUUUGUGGUACCGAUGACAUUCGCUGGGUACUGACAGUACCAGCCAUAUGGGGAGAGCAGGCAAAACAGAUGAUGCAAGAAAGUGCUAAUCAGGCUGGAAUCUCUCCUUGUAAUGUUCUGCUGGCUUUGGAGCCCGAGGUAGCCUCCAUGUUUGUUAAAGAAAUUCAGAUAGAGCGACAAGAUGACGAGUUAUCCAAGUACAGGCCUGGCAAAAAGUUCCUGGUCAUGGAUCUUGGAGGUGGGACGGCUGACAUGACAGCGAUGGAGGUCGUUAACGAUGGCUCCCUAAAGCAGCUCCACCGGGCCAGUGGGGGGGACUGGGGUGGAAACAAGGUUAAUGAUAACUUCUUCCAACUAUUACAUGAUUUAUUUGGGCGUGUCAUUAUCCAAAAGUGUGAAGACAGAUACAGAUCUGACUUUCUUGAUCUUCAACGUGAUAUUGAAUUGAAGAAAAGGAAAUUCAGCAAGAGCGUUAAUUUCAAAAUGAAAUUUGCAAUUCCUUAUUCGUUUAAGAAAGUUAUUGAAAGUCACCAUCGAUUGAACUUAAAAGAAAUAGUUGCCAAGUCCAAAUUUUCUCCUCAUAUAUCUGUGUAUGCUGAAAGCAAGCUAGAGUUAUCUGCAUAUUGUGUUGAAACUAUUUUAUUCAAUCCUGUGGUCAAUAUGAUCAAACAAGAGGCUGAAAAUAUUAUGCAUGAACUGAAAGGACAAAUCCAGGACAUCAUGAUGGUGGGUGGGUUCUCUGAGUCUCAUUUUGUGUUUGAGACAAUCAAAGAAGCUUUCCCAAGAAUUAGAAUUAUUCGAGCCAAUGAGGCAGGACUAGCUGUAUUGAAAGGUGCAGUGCUUUAUGGUCACACUCCCGGAGUCAUCUCAUCCAGGAGAUGUGCUUUUACCUAUGGGGUGGGGCUAUACAGGAUUUUCUGGAAAGGCCAUGAUCCUGAGCAUCUGAAAUGCAAGAUGGACGGUCAAGACAAUAUCUUUGUUUUUGAAAAGUUAGUAACCAUUGGUGAAGAGGUUGAGAUUGGGCAGACAUAUGAAAUCAAUGAUGACAUUGCACCAGUCAAAAGGGGUGUAACACAAAUGUCAUUGAAAAUAUACAGGUCUUGUGAAGAAAAUCCAAUAUACAUUGACGAGUCAAGCUUUCAGAUUGGGAAGUUGACGGUAAAUGGUGUUACAAAGAGUGUUAAGAUUUCUCUGUCAUUUGGAUCGACUCAGAUCACUGUUACUGCAGUCAAUACAGUCACUGGGGAAAAUGUCAUAGCAGAGCUGGAUCUUCUUGGAGAACUGUAAAAAAAAAAAAAAAAAAAAAAAAAAAAAAAAAUGUUGAGGAAACUGUAAAAAAUUAUUUUUUGAGAAAUUGUUGAACACUUUUUAAAAAUAAAUUGAUAGUAUCCUGUAUGAAUUUGUCGAUGAAUGUGAUUUAUACAUGGUGGAAAUAGAUUUAAAAGUUAAAGGCAAUUUAGGGGAUGUUUGCCAUCAUUAGUUCUACUUUUAUCGAUUUGGAUUCAUUUUGAAUUAAUGAAUUAAAUUACAUGUAUGUUUUGUUUGUAUUUGAUUCAAUGUAGAUUUAAAUUAGAAUUCUUACUCAAGAAAUAUUCCUGGUAAUAUGGCAUUCACAUUUUAUCUCGAGUGUUGUACCAGUGUGUUCUUUUUUAUUUCUAUGGAUGAAUUAAAAGAUCAUUUCUACAGUC